UAAUACUUUUAGUUAUAGCCUAAUGUUUUUUUCCUAAACUUUUAGGAUAUAAUUUUAUGUCAGCCAUUCUCAAUAUAAAACAACGUUACCAACAGCAUCUGUAUUACAACAACAUUUUAUUCUCACAUUAAUCAAGUCCAUCCAUCGUGUUACUCAUGGCUUCACCCUUGAAUAGUGCAUGUUCAGUGGGGCUGGGCGACACUAAUGGUUCGACCAGCGGUUUUUCUCUUCCCUGCAAUCAGAGCGUCUCUUCCCUGCAACUGGCCCCCUACUCCCCCGAAUCCACGGCGCUCUUCGCUACAGCCAUCACCCUCAUGGUGGUCUUCACAAUCGUGGGAAACAUCCUCGUCAUCAUUGCUGUCCUGACCAGCCAUGCACUCCGAGGACCACAGAACCUGUUUUUAGUUUCUCUAGCGGCUGCAGACAUUUUGGUGGCGACCCUCAUCAUCCCAUUCUCCCUAGCCAAUGAACUGCUGGGAUACUGGUACUUCAAGUCUCUGUGGUGUGAGAUCUACCUGGCGCUGGACGUUCUGUUCUGCACUUCCUCUAUAGUUCACCUGUGCGCCAUCUCAUUGGACCGUUACCUGUCCAUCAGCCGGGUUACCUACUCUCGCCAGCGCACACCCAUGCGUAUUAAAGCCUCCAUUGUGGUGGUGUGGCUCAUCUCGGCCAUAAUCUCCUUCCCUCCUCUUCUGUCGCUAAAUAAGAGCGAGCCCGGCGGAGAGGGGAGUGAGAGGGGUCCUCAGUGCCAACUGAACGACGAGCGCUGGUACAUCCUCUACUCCACCGUCGGCUCCUUCUUCGCCCCAUGUCUCAUCAUGAUCCUGGUCUACAUGAGGAUCUACCAGAUCGCCAAGCAGCGCACACAGAACCCGCCAGGCGAGCCCAGGAAAGACGGGGUGGGCUGUGCCACCCCAAGUCAAACCCCUCGGGGGAUCCAAGCCAACGGGAAGGAGGACAGAGGGGAAACCCCAGCUAUGCCCCACAAAACCACCAGCGUCAGACCCCCCACACUGGCUGUUACUCCAUCACCGUCCCCCGACCUUGCCAAUGAGACCCCCUCCCCUCACAUCCCCACCACCCAAAACCUCCUCCAUCCUCCGGUUCUAUCCCUAGCUCCAACUCCAACCACCACCUCCCCUCCUCCCUCCCACCUGGAUCCUUCACCCUCCGUGGUCUCACCGUCUCCCUCCCCCACCAUCCCCCCACCAUCCCCGGCCAAACCCAAACAUGGGGAGAAGAAGGUGAAGGGGAAGAAGGGAAAGAAGUAUAACAAUAAUAUGGACAGCUCAAACAGCUCUGACAGUGACAUGGAGAACGAGGAAGGAGGGAGGACUGGAGUCAACAAUCCUAGCAUGGCUGGUUCAGCCGGCAUCCAUUCUCCAGCCACCAUCCAGAAGUACAGGGACAUAAUCGCCACCUCUAAGGGGGCUCGGCUGGUGGCAGGGAGGAGGUCUAAGCCAGAGAGCACUCCGGGAGCAGCACGUCGUAAAGCCAUGGUGAACCGAGAGAAGCGCUUCACGUUCGUCCUGGCCGUGGUGAUCGGAGUGUUUGUUGUCUGUUGGUUCCCUUUCUUCUUCUCCUACUCGCUGCAGGCCAUCUGUCCUGAGACCUGCUCCCUCCCUGAUCCCCUCUUCAAGUUCUUCUUCUGGAUUGGCUACUGCAACUCCUGUCUGAACCCUGUCAUAUACACCAUCUUUAAUCAGGACUUCAGAAAGGCCUUCAAGAAAAUCCUCUGUAAGAACACCAAGGGCACCUUCUUCUAGACUGAAUGCUCUGUAAGGACAACAAUGGCAACCUUCCUUUAGUAAAGAGGCCUUAAAGAGAUGACCUGUAAGGUCAGUCCUUUCUUUUCAGUCCUCUCUAAACUCUUUGAGGUAUAAAAAACAGCACAAAUAUUCUGUAAACAUUCUGACUGAUUUUAGAUUCUAAUUGAUGAUGUUACGAAGGGCUGCCGAUUCUAUAACGCUGAAUCAGGACAGCUGUAGGAGAGCUCACCUUGCAACAGAAAGAAACUUUUAGGGCUCAUUGUUUUAGUCCCUUGGUACGUAGCUGCAGACAUCUAGCCGUUACCUGGAGAACUGUGACUGUCCAUUGCAAGGGCAAUGUCUGGGGAGAGCAUGUGAAAAACAUGUUACGUGAAUUCUACUCUGAGGGGGGCUUUAGAAUGAUACUGUGUAAGAAUCCAAGGGCAUGAUCCUGAUCCUUUAGUAAAAGGCAGGAGGUAUGUUCUGAUCUAUGAGCAUUACACAGUAUGUGUAGAGAGUGCGGAAAGGAAGAAGUCACUCGUCACAUAAAGGACAUGUUGCUUGGAAAAUGACAGUACAACGCUGCUCUCGUCAAAAUAUGACUGACUGACUCACAUUAAGGUUGUCUGGGAAAUCUGUUUGAUUAAAAAUGGAGAAACCUUUGGGUAUAGCAGUACACCACUGCUCACUGAGAACUCCUGAUCAAAACAACAGUCUUGAGCGCUGCCAUUCAAGGACUUUAAAGCGAUGAAGCAAACAAAUAUCCUUUUAUCAGCCGACUGAUAAACAAAAUAGAACAAUGCGAGGAGAUGAUAAGCCGGACCUGUUGGCCUGUUUAAGCACCACCAGAGGCACUUCUCUUUAUCAAAGGGCAGAACCACGAGGAACGCACAAGACCCUGGUCGCCUUUCCACUUACGCCUGCAUAGUUACUUUUAUCCUGCCUCAGGAAUAGCAUGUGUUCCUGUAGAGAUGUUAUCCAUAUGAGAGAGAAAGAGAGAGAGAGAGAGAGAGAGAGAGACAAGACAACAACAGGACUCUAACUGUUCAUGAGACAACUAAAUCCCUCUCAAACUCUGAUGCCCACCACUGCUCUCAUGUGGGGCGUAGGCUAUAUUUUGAAAGACUGUGUUUUAAGGUGCAUCUCAAUAGUCUAUUGUGGCUUCCUCUGCUUGUGUCUUUUCCUUCAUCUGCACUGAA